AGAUGACAAUCUUGUCUGUAUUAAGGAUAGUAAUGGUGAAGGUAAGAGUAUGCCAUGCCAGGUAUGUGGCAAGGUCUUACCAGCCAACAUAGGAAUGAUUAGGCAACAUGGUAAACUCCACAUUGAUGCAAAAGAGGGGCUGUGCACAGUGUGUGGCGCCAAGUUCACUGACAGGAGCUCUCGAAUCACCCAUGUUUUGUCUCACGUCGGAAUUUUUCUCUUCUCAUGUGACAUGUGUGAAAUGAAAUUUGUAACGCAGUGGCAAGUGGCUGGACACAGGAAAGGGAAGCCACAUGAUACUAACAUUAUUGUCCAACCAAAUACCAUCCUGCCUGCUGAAGCUAAUUUUGGUGGCUCUCCCACAGAACUGUUUUGUGCUGUCUGUGGAAAGACCGUGACUAAAGACUAUCUUGCUGUGAAAGAGCAUAUCCUUUCCCAUCUCAACAUGAAAAGUCUCUCCUGUUGUGUCUGUGAGCAGCCAUCUAGAUCAGUCUGCAGCCUAAUGUGGCAUGUUUUAUCCCACAUGAAUAUAUCAAUCUUUUCCUGUUCUGUAUGUGGUAAUAGCUUUGUAGAUCGAACUGUUCUAGAGCAACAUAUGGCUUCGCACCAGGGUAUGGAGUAUUUAUACGAAUGUAAUUUCUGUAAUAAAAAGUUUCGGUUAGAAGCCUCUUAUCAAAAUCAUGUGAAGAUACAUAAGAGACAUAACUUAGAUGGCACAAAAGGUCUAACUACUCCACACCAGUGGCUCAAAAAGACGUUAACAACAACGCCAUCAGAUGAAUCUACAAGUGAUGGACAUGUGCCUGGUGUGCACCAAGAGACUGUUCUGACCCUUCCCUCAAACCAAGGCAAAGCCAACUCUAAAGGGAACUGGUAUGAAUGUGAGUUUUGUGGGAAGAGGUUUUCCCAUUCUAGUGAGUUUCAGUAUCAUCUCCGAAUCCACUCAGGAGAGAAGCCCUAUGAAUGCAAACUGUGCCACAAGUUCUUCAGGGGGCGAUCGACUGUUAAAAACCAUCUGAAGACCCAUUCAGGUGCCCUUAUGUAUUGCUGCACGGUUUGCCAGAAAUACUGUCCCACCUUGAACCUUAUGAUUAAACAUGUGGAGAUGCACAAAGAGGGUGGCCUGCCUCCUGACUUUAAUAUUGCACAGACAUUCAUGUAUAUAGUGCAUUCCAAACAGCCAGUAAAAAUGACGGACUGACCCUUACUUGAAAAAGAAACAGUUCCAUUGUUGGUUUGAAAAACUGUAUUCAGAAAUAGACUUCAAAUAAAACCUCCUU